CUCGCUGUACACAUCAACAAGCCACUCGGCCAGUUAGUGAGCGAGUCAGACAGCUAGAGAGAGUUGUGUCUGUGAGUGUGUGUGCACACGUGAGAGAGAGGAGUGCGAGUGUAGGAUGUGUGUGUGAGCGAGGAUGAAGCGAGGCCGGCGUUGCUGUGGAUGGAUCCUCGCUCGUUGCUGCUGCUGCUGCUACAAUGGCACAGAAAACUAUCCUGUCAGCGGCUCUGACGGGAAGACCGAGUCAGUGGCGAACCUUCAGCCGCAGCCGUCUCUCAGCUCGCUGCAGUCCAGCUCUCCUGGUCCCAAACGCUCCGGAAACACUCUGAGAAAAUGGCUGACCAGUCCGGUCCGCCGCCUCAGCCACGGCAGCUCCAUCAAGAAGCUCCCUAAUAACAAACAGAAGAAAACCGGCCCAGGAACCGGAAGAGAGGAAAACAGAAAGAGUAUUGACCUGGGGCAGCCUGACAUCGCCCUGCAGGAUGACAUCAUCGAUGAGAGAGUCAUCAGUAAGGACGGUAACCUCCUCUCUAAGACGUCCUCCGGGAUGCAGAGCGGCGGGGAGGAGGAGCAGGACGAGGAGGCCCACACUCCUCUGCCCCCGCCCAUGGAGAUCAUCAAGGACCCCUCAGCUCAGGAUGACAAGUCUUCAUCCUUGCUAACGUCUCUGCAGUCGUCCUCUGAGGUGCCCAGCGCUGCAGAGCUGGUUAGCGCCAUAGAAAAACUGGUUAAAACCAAGAUGACUCUGGAACCAGGAGCGUACCCCGGGUUCUCCUCUCUCUCUCCGCCAGAACAAACCACUCCGGUCCAGCCACGAAACCCUGAGCUGGAGCAGAGAGCCAAGGCUAUGAGAGGACGGAUGUUCGUUCUGAACGAGCUGAUUCAGACAGAGAAGGACUACGUCAAAGACCUGGGCAUCGUGGUGGAGGGUUUCAUGAAGAGAAUCGAGGAGAAGGGCGUCCCCGAUGACAUGAAAGGAAAAGACAAAAUCGUCUUCGGGAACAUCCACCAGAUCUACGACUGGCACAGAGACUUCUUUGUAGGAGAGCUGGAGAAAUGUCUGGAAGACCAUGAACACCUUCCUGAGCUCUUCAUCAAACACGAGAGAAGACUUCACAUGUAUGUGGUUUAUUGUCAGAAUAAGCCUAAGUCAGAGUUCAUCGUAGCAGAAUAUGACACAUAUUUUGAUGGAAUCCAGGCGGACAUCCAGUCCAGGCUGACCAUCAGUGACUUCCUCAUCAAACCAAUCCAGAGAAUCACCAAAUACCAGCUGCUACUGAAGGACUUCCUGAAGUACAGCUCCAAGGCAGGAAUGGACUGUGAACAAAUUGAGAAAGCGGUAGAUUUGAUGUCUCAGGUCCCCAAACUGUGUAAUGACAUGAUGAAUCUGGGUCGGCUGCAGGGAUACGAGGGUAAACUGACCAGUCAGGGCAAACUGCUGCAGCAGGAAACCUUCUUUGUGACGGAGCAGGACGCCGGCGUCCUGUCGCGCUCCAAAGAACGACGGGUUUUCCUAUUUGAGCAGAUUGUCAUCUUCAGUGAGCUGCUCAGGAAAGGAUCGUCCACGCCCGGAUACCAGUUCAAGAAGAGCAUCAAGGUAUCCUACUUGGGUCUGGAGGACAGUGUGGAUAACGAUCCCUGUAAGUUCGUCCUGUCGUCCCGCGGCUCGUCGGAGCGUUUCACCCUGCAGGCCGCCAACGUCGACAUCAAGCAGAUCUGGGUCCGACACAUCCAGGAAGUUCUGGACGCUCAGAGCAACUUCCUGUCCGCUCUCCAGUCUCCUAUCGAGUACCAGAAGGAGAAGGGCGGAGGAGGCAGCAGCUCGUCACUGACCAGAAACCGCUCGUCCUCUGGGAACCGGCCCGCCGCGUCUUCCCACAGCCGGCCGUCCUCUGCGGUCGGGCUCGGUGACAAGGAGGCGGACAGAGGGAGGAGCCAGAUGAAAGUGUCUACCUCCAACGGUGGUUCGUCAUGUUUCGACUCCAGGGACAGUGACGGCGGCUGUAACGGCGUCUCCUCCACCAUGUUGGUCACUCAGGACUACUCGGCGCUCAAGGAGAACGAGAUCUGCGUCAGUCAGGGAGAGACCGUCCAAAUCCUGGCCACCAACCAGCAGAACAUGUACCUUGUUUACCGGCCAGCCAACAGCCAGUCGCCUGCCGCUGAGGGCUGGGUGCCGGGACACGUUUUGGGCCCAGCCACAAAGUCCAUAAAAGACUCUUCCUCUACUUCCUCCUUCUCAGUGGCGGUGGCCGAUGCCAACAACAUCAAGAAGUCUCUGUCGUGGAACACGCUGCGUGCCAGGAAGCGCGCUGAAGCCAAGGACGUCACCUUGGUGGGGGUCAGAGGUCACGAGAACGGCCUCCUCCGUAAGCCCAAAGACUUGUCCUCCUCCCUCGUUCUCCACCAGGACGUUCACACUUCAGAUGAGUCAGACUGCGAUGACGACCUCGACCCAAAGACAGGCAUGGAGCUUCUCAACCCAAACUUCAUCCAGGAAGUGGCUCCAGAGUUCCUCGUCCCUCUGUCAGACGUGGCGUGUGCGUUCGGAGAGACUGUCGUCCUCUGCUGUAAAGUCUGUGGACGCCCCAAACCCUCCGUCACCCUGAAGGGCCCCGACCAGAACCCAGUGACCAGCAACAGCCGCUUCACCAUCGACAUCAGGGAUACAGGUGACAUCUUGUUGAAGAUCUGCAAUCUGAUGCCUCAGGAUACGGGGAUCUACACCUGUGUUGCCGUUAACGACCACGGCUCUGCCUCCUCCUCCGCCUCCAUUAAAGUGCAAGGUAUCCCAGCAGCCCCAGGGCGGCCAGUGGCUCAGGAGGCCAGCAGCACGGCGGUGAUGGUCCACUGGCCGCCUCCGGCUUCAUCCGCUCACAGUGCCGUCAGCAGCUACACUGUGGAGUACAGACAGGAAGACUCGUUGCUAUGGCAGCAGGUGGCCAGCAGCAGGGAGGAGUGUGUUCAGAUCGACACUCUGAUCCCCGGUGGUCACUAUCAGUUCAGAGUACGAGCCUCCAACCGCUGGGGGGUCGGCCCGCCAUCAGAGCCCUCCAACAUGGUCACACUGCCCAGCAGCAACUCCGGCUAUGACGGAACAGGAAUCCAGUGGAAAGAAAACUUUGACUCCACCUUCUCUGAGAUCUGUGAGAUUGGGAGGGGACGAUUUUCAGUGGUGAGGAAGUGUCUCAACAAGUCAACAAAGAAAGAGGUUGCAGUGAAGUUUGUGAGUAAGAAGAUGCAGAAGAAGGAGCAGGUGGCUCACGAGGCGGACAUCCUCCGACAUGUGCAGAAUCACCAGCUGGUGGCGCUGUUGGACACGUACGAGUCUCCCACCUCUCUGAUGCUGAUCCUGGAGCUGCUGGAGGAUGGUCGUCUGCUCGACUACCUCGUCGCCCACGAUGAGCUGAUGGAGGAGAAGGUGGCGUUCUUCAUCAGAGAAACUCUGGAGGCCCUGCAGCACCUUCAUACCUGCAGAGUAGCACACCUGGAUCUGAAGCCUGAGAACAUCAUGGUCGACCUCCACUCUCCCACCCCGUGCAUUAAGCUCAUUGACCUUGGCGAUGCAGUCCAGCUGUCCGCCCACCGUCGUUACGUUCACCUCCUUCUUGGAAACCCAGAGUUUGCUGCACCUGAGCUAAUCCGUGGGACGCCGGUCUCCGUUGCGACGGACGUGUGGAGCCUUGGCGUGAUGGCCUACGUGAUGCUCAGCGGCGUUUCCCCAUUUUUGGACGAAUCCCCGGAGGAAACUUGCGUCAAUAUCUGCCGCCUGGACUUCUGCUUCCCGGACGAAUACUUCCGCGACGUGAGCCAGGCGGCGAGGGAUUUUGUGUCUUCGGUGCUGCAGCAGGAUCAGAGGAAGAGGCCAAGUGCCACUUCCUGUCUGCAGCACCCGUGGGUAGGUCGUGGGGGUCCACAUGGCGGGGAGUACUCCAAGACGCCUCUGGACACGACGCGAUUGGCCACGUUCAUUGACCGAAGAAGACAGCUGCAUGACGUCAGGCCCAUCACCAAUAUCAAAGGGCUGGUGAGCAGCAGCAUGGGAAACACACUGUGACGGAGAGAAGACCUGAGUGUCCGAACACUCAGUAACAAUCCA